AUGUCCAAACUUACAGACUUUAAACUCCUCUCCUUCGACGUAUACGGUACGCUGAUCGACUGGGAGGCUGGCGCUCUCAUCGCUCUCCAACCACAUCUCAAGAAGUCUGGUCAAGAGAACAUGGAUCGCAAGCACAUCAUGCAGGUCAUGCACAAGAUCGAAGCAAGAGUUGAGAGAGAACACGGCCAUCUCAAGUACUCUGAAGUACUUACUAUGGUGCUCCCAGAAAUGUGUGAGCAACUUGGUUUGGAGAAGCCCAGUGAAGAAGAGAGCAAGGAAUUUGGAGCGAGUAUUGGGCACUGGCCCGGAUUCUCCGACAUACCCUCUGCAUUAGAGAGGCUGUCCAAAUAUUUCAAGCUUGUCGUGCUCUCAAACGUCGACCAUGAUUCGUUCAAGCUUGGAAAUGCGAAUGGGCUCAAGGGAUACAAGUUCGACGCGGUCUACACUGCUCAAGACAUUGGUUCCUACAAGCCUGACUUGAGAAACUUUGAGUACAUGUUGGCAAAAGUGAAGGAGCAAUUCGGCAUCGAGAAGCACGAGGUGCUGCAAACCGCGCAAUCUCAAUACCACGACCACCACCCAGCAAAGGAUAUGGGAAUCAAGAGUUCCUGGAUUUAUAGGCCAGGAGCGGUUAUGGGGAACCGUGAUGAUCCAGUGUACAACUGGAAAUUCGAUACAUUGGCGGAUAUGGCGGAUGCUGUGGAGAAGGAGGCGGCAGAGCAGGGAAAGUAG